AUGAUGGUCGGAGCAAAUCGGAACGUCACCGAAAAAUGGCUGGAGCAGGUUGGAACAUCAUCAGUAGAUGGCAGAGCAGAUCAGAAUCUCGUCGAAGGAUGGUCAGAACAAAGGAUGGUUAGGAAUAGAUUAGGAUGUCACAGGAGGAUGAUUGAAAGGUCACCAGAGGACAACCAGGGUAGGUCGGAAUGUCGUCAAAAAAAGACCCAAAAGUUGUCGAAGGAUACCUUGUGGUCCCUAGAGGAUGGCCAAGAGGUCAGAACAUUGUCAAAGGGUGACCAGAAAGUCAUCGAAGGAUGGUCGUGGCAGGCUAGAAUGUCACUAAAGGGCGAUCAGAAGGUUGUCGGAGGACAGUUGAAGGUCACCAGAGGAUGGUUGGGAGACAAUCCAAACAUCACCGGAGGUCACCAGAUGAUGGUUGAUAGGCGAUUGCAACAUUGA